AUGGUUACUGCAAAAAGCAACCUCCAAUUCCGUACCGCAACUCCAGAAGAUGCACCCGCAAUCGAACAACUAGUGCAAUCCGCUUUCCGCGCCGCUGACAUUCGGCAAGACUGGACUGCCGACAUGGAGCUCAACAUCCGUUUCCGGAUCGAAGUUGACGAGGUCAUGCCCCGGAUCACGAAUCCAGAUAGCGCGAUUGUGAUGGCUUUCGCCAGGGGCGACGGUGGCAAGGAACUUCUCGUGGCAUCACUUGAAGUCACCAAGCGCAGCGAUGAGCUCGCUCGUCUUUCCAUGUUGGCUGUAGACCAGCAUCAUCAACGCGGUGGAAUUGGACGUGAGAUCCUGUCCUAUGCUGAAGCAUAUUGUCAAAAGACAUGGGGAGUGACGAAGUUUGGAUUGGAUGCGCUUUCGACACGCGAGGCUUUGAUUGCUUGGUACAUCCGUCGUGGGUAUCAGAAGACCGGGGAUACGGCGCCGUUCCCUGUUGACAGGUUUAGUGAUUUGGCAUUGCCAGCGGAUUUGUGUUUUGUGCAGCUUGAGAAGGAUCUGGGAGAGGCAUCAGUAGAACCUGGCUAUAACGAACCGGAGGCCUUUCAAUUGAAUGCUCUUCAGUUCCAUAUCAAAGUCAUCCAAGCUGAUAUUAGUGGAAAUACGGAGCACGCUUUCUGUCGUUAUAGCCAGGUUCUACUGUAG